AUGAACAACUGGGAUGUUAAUCCACAUAACGCUAACGCCACCAAACCCACAAUCAAAGGUAAACAAAGGGCAUCAGACAACUCCAACAACGAUGAACUGCUUAAUAGAAUUGCCCAUUUGGAAACAAUUAUUAAAGAUCUCAACUCAGAGGUAAUGGGCUUAAAAAUUACAGAUAAACAACAUAAAGAGGAUAUUACAUUUUUAAAGGAACAAGAAAAACGACAUGCAAUCAACAUGGAAAAACUCAAUCAACAUUUAACAACGAUCAAUGAGAAUAUGGUAAAACAAGCCGCUACAAUUAGUGGUGUGCCAAAAAUAGUAUCCUUCCUCGAAACCAUGGAACAGAAUGGAUUUUUCUCACAAUUUAACGAUAACAACUACACGUAUGGAUCAAACAACUACAGUUAUCCUCCUCAUGAUGAAUUCGUCACUGAAGAACAUCUUCAAAAAGAAUAUAAUGAUUCACAAAGCGGAUAUGAAUCAUCUAGUACAGUUGAAACUCAUAACGUAUUCCCAGACACAGACUAUACUCCUUCAAGACCUACAGGAGGUUAUCCCACUAUCACUUCUUCCAUCAGUAACAAAUUUGGUAAUAUGCUUGGCUUAGGCCACAGGCAACAAUAG